CAAAAUAGAAAGUAAAUGAACAGAAGAGAAAUCCAAAUCAGAUCUAUAUUGUGUGACUACCCUUCUGGCAUUCGAUUCUUAAUUUUGCACACUUUGCACACAAAGUCAGGGAUUUUGUAGGAUCAGAUUCAGGUAUAUGAUUAACCAAUGAUACCAAGCAGGUGCUAAUGAUCAUCAGCUUCAUAUGUGGGUUGAAACGCAGUCGUUAACUGAAACAGAAACAGGUGCGUAAGCUGAGACUGUGGAAGACAGUUUUAUGUCACAGGCCAUACAAGAUUGAGCACAGCAACAAGACAUAAGGUCAUUAUACUGUAUCACCAAGGUCUCCUCCAGCCAAAGAUUUCAGAGAAGCCUGGGGUUACAAGAUGUGCUUUCCAAGCUAUUUUGAAGAAGCACAAAGACACAGGCAAUAUUGAGGACCGUACAUGCAGUGGUCGUCCAAAGAAACGUAACGCAGCAGAUGAAAACACAUCGUGUCUACUUUCCUUUGACAUCUGAAGAUAUCCAGCAGUGCCAUCAGCAAAGAACUGGCAGAAACCAGUGGGUACACUUGUCUACUGUGAAUCGUGGUCAAAAAGCCAUACCUCCAAUAUGGAACCAAAGAUAAUCGCACAACUAUGCACAAAAAAAAGGAACUGGGGUGCAACAUUGGUGGACAGUAACAAAGUAAAUGUAGUGUACUUAAGUAUCUUCUUCACGUAUCUGUACUUUACUGAAGUAUUUCCAUUUGGGAAGAUUUUUUUAUUUGAACUUCAGUACAUUUUAAAGCCAAAUGUCUUCCUUUUCUGGAUUGGUAUCCAGGGUUUGCAAAAUAUACAUCAAAAUGUAUUUUAAAUAAAAAUACCCAACACCUUAACUUUUAGUGCAUCGAAAUAAACUACAAAAUACAGCAGCCACACCAUGUAUCAAAAUAAACGACUGUAUUAUUGUAUUUUAAAACAAACAAACUUUUACAAGGGAGCAUGAAAUUUCUUCGCAAACCUUCCAUCAAUUUGUUUGAUCUACUGUAUCCCUUCACCAUUACACUGACUCGGUUGAUUAAGUAAACAAUGUCUGAUAGCAACAGCGUUUCUCUGUCUGAGUCACGCGAUAAACUGAUAUAUACAAACCAUUUAACAGAUCAAAUAUUCACAUACAUUUCCCUGUGAUCUGUUUGACUGAUUAUCGUUCUAUUAAUAGAUUUGUGUCUUGUGAUAAAAAUGAUAAUACGACACUAUAAAUCAUAGUACUGUAGAUACUUAAGUACAUUUGAAAGCAAAUACUUGUUAAAGUUCAAGUUUAAGGAGAACUCAAGUACAUGGUUUGUGUUGUACCAUUGGGUGCAGAAAAGUGGCAGCAGGUGCUUUGGAUAGAUGAGUGAAAAUCUGAAAUAUUUGAUUUUACAAAUGAUGUUGGAGAUCUGGUCAGGAUUAACGGUGUCCUCACUGCUGAGAAAUACAAGCAGAAACUUAUCUAUCAUGCAAUACCACCAGAGAGGCAUCUGAUUGGCCCCAAAUGUAUUCUGCUGCAGGACAUUGACCCCAAACACACAGCUAAUGUUGUUAAGAACUAUCUUCAGCGUAGAGGAGAACUGAUGCUUGAUUUAAUUGGGAUUUCUCUUCUGUUCAUCUACUUUGUUAAUAGACCCAUUCUGUGCUCUGAUUGAGACUCUGGAUGAUCAGCACGGUGGACAUGACUCAGUCGGUGGUUUCGUCGCUGGUGUUACAGAACGGUCAUGGAGACGACGAUGAGCCAGACGACUCCGAGCCCGAGGACAUUUACCUGCGGGACAGGCGCAGGGCCAAGUCUCUACCGGCGUACCCCGAGCAGGCCGAUCUGUUCAGCCGUCUGUCCGAACGCUGCAGGAAGCGGGUCAAGUUCGCCGACGCCCUCGGCUUGAGUCUGGCCAGCGUGCGGCACUUCAGCAUCGCCGAGGAUCCCCAGGUGCCCUCCAAGGUGUUCGCCGCGCUCCGCCCGCGCCCCGCGCUCCACCAGGCGGAGGCGCCGCAGUCGGCGGAGUUGCGCGUCGCGCCGGAGGUCGCGGAGGCGCGCGCGCUCCGCCGCCGCGUCGCGCUCGAGAGCGCCUCGUUGUCCGGGUGGUGCGUGCGCGGGCUCGUGCGCGCCGGCGCCGCAGUCGACGCCGAGGUCGAAAUCGAAGUCGGCGUGCGCUACACGUUCAACCGCUGGGCGUCGUUCUCCGACGCGGCCGCCGCGCCCGUGCCUGGGGAGAGCGCGUCCGGCGGCCGCAGGUUCGCCUUCGCGGUGCACGUGCCGCCUUUCCUCGAGCCGGACGCCAGGGUCCACUUCGCCGUGUACAUGAGGACCGAGCGCGGGGAGUUCUGGGACAACAACGACGAGCAGAACUACUGCGUCGAGUGUGGCGGCAUGCUGUGAACACACCAAAAAAGUCUACACGUGGGUUUCUCUACUAGUUGGACACAGCUGCUUUUACUCAAAGCCAGUAGCUAUUUAUAAUAGUCAAUUCUAUUUCUAACAUUUACCAUUAAAACAAGACAUGAGCUACAUAUUGGCACACUUUCGGUCUGACCUGACCCAAAAAAGUCCAGUAAGCUCAUUUCCACUAGGUAACAUGUCGUGUUACAGUGCACCAAUAUGACACUAACUCUAUAUUUAUCUAUCAGCUUGGGUCUAGUAGACCAUUUGUCACUUGGGGGUCACAUGAGCUAAACAUGGUGGACACCAUGGCAAUAUGACCAACACUAACCUGAUGCUGGAUAUGCCUCAGACGUGUAACUCUGAAUUUCUGAGAAAACAAACAAAAAGCCCCUACAAGUCAGAAUUUCUUGUAAAGUCGGGAAGGUCUUCUCAACCUUGAGUUAAACAAGUGACGUCAUAUGAACGUGGCUGCUCGCAUCGUCAACUGUAGGCAAUUUAGGACUGUAGGUACAAGUAACUACUUAACAAUCGCAUUACAACAUACAGGAACAUUCUCUUGUAAAAUAUGUGUAUAGUGUUAUGAUGAGGUGAAUAUACAUCACUCAUCAUAGUUACCUGCGGACAUACGGAGGUCAAAUAUUAUGCAAUUUUGUCCUAAUUUCGUCCUAAAUUGUUGUUUUGAGAUGACAAUUGCAAUUGGGGGUAGCUCAAGUUGUACAGUCACUGAACCAAACAUAUCUGAUUGUAUUAUGUAAAGUAGACAGGACUGCUCAAAAUGUCCCCACAAAUCAAAUCAAGCGAAUAUUGUGUUAAAAAAGACUAACUGGGUGGUUUAUAUUAGCUAACAUGACAGCUUGAUUUAUGGGCAUUUAAAUACACCUGCAUUGUGUGUAGCAUUGUAACAAGUGUAGAACUGUUGUCUUGCACACAUUAAAUCAGUGCCAUAACACUUUACGGUCUGGUAACUGCUUCAGCACACACUUCUGUUUAACUCGUGGGGUCUUUACUGAGAAAUUAAAACUGUAAUUGAUAUAUAACUGUUAGGAAUCUGAAAAAAAAGACAGAAGUAAAAGGGAAGACAAUACAAUACUACUAACUCCAAACCUUUUACAAAACAGUCAGGUUACAUGAAUAACCAAGUGUAUAGUGUAGAAGGUGAAACCAAGUCCUCACAAAUCAGUCCAGUUUGUGUUAUAAAGAAAAACACGACCAAAUUUGUCAAGCCACAGUUUAGGAUCUUAUUAUUUUUAUUUUAUUUCGAAUUAAAACCUUAAAAUUAGGUUCUUUGCCACACCAAGUUUAGCAGCAACUUUCUGAUCCUCAACACGGAGGUAUGUAUGUUCAGUGGAUCUUGUGAACCUUGAAGUUUCCAGGGACAUGACCCAUUUUCGAUCCUGAAUCCAUAAAGCCUUCUACCUUUGAGAGUGCAUAUUAUGUUGUAUAUUGUUUUUACACGCUCUGAUGAAAAGAGUUGGUUUAAUUUGAGGGGGUUUUGUAAAAUUGUAGGCCUCAAACCACAAUACUGUAUAUGUCAAUUUCUAUGUAUAAUACAGCUAUUGAUUGUAGCAUAAUUCUUCCAAAAGCGAAUAAACCAAAGUAUGCAUCGAAGAGA